AUGGGGGGAAACAGCUGUACUGAUUCCAUCCAUUGCAUUUCACAGGCCCAAAUGCUGCAGGACAGCGUCCGCACAGGCGUGUAUCAGAAUGCGCUCCUUGCCCACUCUGAGGAGCACUUCAAAGACAAGGUGGUCAUGGACGUGGGAGCUGGCAAUGGCAUCCUCUCCCUCUUCGCGAUCCAGUCGGGAGCACGCAAGGUCUUCGCAGUGGAAGCAAGCAACAUGGUACAGCAUCUCGACACUCUAGUACGUGCCGCUCAAGGUACCUUGCCUACUGGCAAGGACGGCGUUGACGAUGACAUGCAGUGGUACCUCGAGGGUCAAGGCUUCGACGCGAGGGCGCAUGCCAAGAGGAAGACGAAUGCGUGGAUUGGCGACAAGCUCGUGCCAGUGCAUUCCAAGAUCGAGGAUGUCAAAAGCGACAAGCUACAGGGACAUGAAAAGGUCGACACAAUCGUCUCGGAGUGCUUGGGAGUGCUGCUUGUGCACGAGCGAAUGUGCGAAUCCUUCCUCGACGCCCGUGAUCGUUUCCUCAAGCCAGGCGGGGCACUCUUCCCCUCGAGCGGCACCAUCUGCUUUGCCCCGAUAGAAGACAAGCCAAUCUGGGACGAGGUAGCAACAAAGGCCCGCUUCUGGCAGCAGGCCCACUUCUACGGCGUAGACCUGCACCCCUUCUUCGCCUCUGCAUGGCGCGAGGCAUUCUCCAGCCCCGUGGUGGGGUGCUUCAACCCCAACACCGUGCUCGCAAGCCCAGUGGAGCACGUCGUCGAUUUCAUGACGGUGAGCAUGGAGGGUAUCAGGAAAUUUGAGGUGCCGCUUGAUUGGACGAUGCGCAAUACCGGAUUGGUACACGGAGUCGGGGGUUGGUUUGACUUGUGGUUCAUGCCGCCGGAGGAGGACAAGGACUCAGAUGCAACAGAGGAUGCAGCCCCAAACGCAUCGAAGAUGGAAGAGGACAGCGAUGAGCCAUACGCUGGUCUCUCGGUCAACGCCCCACCCUUUCAGCCCACUGCCUCAUCGCUGGCAAAUGGCAGCCUCGACGCGCAGACGGCUGCCCUUCUUUCAGCCGCGGCUGGUACAUCUUCCAGCGCAAACAGCGUCUCAACAUUCAUGACCACGUCACCCUACGCCACUCCGACUCAUUGGCAGCAAGCUCGCCUCCUCUUUCCUGAGCCCUUGGCCGUCAAUCGGGGGCAACGGAUCGUGGGUAGCAUGCAGUUCGCGGUGAAUGAGAACAGGAGUUAUGACAUUGACGCGGAGGUUAGAGUGGUAGACACCGUUGAUCCGGAGCAGGAGAAGAAGAAGGAAAGUGGAGAGAGAGAUCGAGCUACAACGAGGCGGUUCCGAUGGCAUCUUGAUAGACAGUACUAUAGCUUUACGACGAGUAAUGCUGGGCAGCCGCCGAAUGCUACGGGAGCUUACGCUACGGCGUGA